AUGUCUGCCAAUGAUGCAGCGUCUACAGCAAACGCCAGGAGCACGUCGCACUGCGAGUUCGGAGUCGCAAUGUGCUUCUCGCAUAGGGAAGACGCACGGGAUCCGUUACCUUGGGUUCGCGUGCAUGUAUCGCUGUCGUGCUGGCCGGCACGAGACACCGACAAGCAUGAGGCAGUAUCGGCGUGGUUCCUUCGCCUUACGAGCGAUGAUAACGACGUUAGCUCGCUCGCCUUCCUGACCGCAAUCACUGACGCUGUUGACCGCUUCUGA